UCAUUCUUGAAUCGCUCUCCGAUAUCGUUCCCCGUUGAAACAGGCAUUCCCUCUAUUCAUCUCAAUGGCGUCCUCCAUGGGCGAGUAUUGGAUCCAUUGCAACCAUUGCUUGACCGGAUCAACUCGACAAAGCCAGAUAUUUCUGUCCAAUUGCGGACACUUGUAUUGUGGACCGUGUGCCAAGAAGAGCGAUCGGUCUCAAAAGUGCCUUCUGUGCUCGGCAUCGCCGAUUCAAUUCUUGGAGAUUGGAUCGAAUCUUCCUCCCCAUAUUCAGAACUACUUCCACAACAUCUUGAACGAGUUGAAGUCCUUGUAUCAGGUCCAAGAGUUCCAAAAACGACAACAAAAGAACUUGAUAUCCAAACUCGUUCGAAAGACACGACAAAAGGAACAAGAGAUCCGCCAUUUGCAACACGAAAAUAAGGCAUGUUCAAAGAAAAUUGAGGAUAUGAAGGCCAAAAUGGCUCAACUAGAGCGGUAUAAUUCCCAGAUUCAUCCAAGCCCAGCCCCAAAUCCAACACGAGGCUGCCCUAAACCAUUCGAUUUCAAGCCGCAUCCAUUCCAAUCUCCCAAUUACAAUUUCCAACCCUUCGACAAGGUUGCCAGUUCCGCCUUGCCAUCUCAUGAUGGUCGGCACAGUCUGAAUUCAAGUAGGAGUGGACAUCGCAAGCACACGCCCACACUCAUGAAACCAGGUCGGCUAACCCUACCAAGAAAUGAAACGCCGAGUCGAGAACUAAAAUUGAACCAAGGCGGGAUCCAUACUCGACUUGGAAAUCCGGUGCAGAACUUCUUCGCUCAAUCGCGACAUCCGGUUUCGAAGAACGUGUUCAAGGCCCCUUCGAGAUCAAAAGAUCCAAACAUGUUUCAAAAAGUGUCCGGAUGGCUCAACAAUAUCCAAACGUAACCGCGAGAUUUGGAACUUACCACAGAGAUACCUUCAAUGGCGAAGAUGGCGGUGCCAAAGAAGAGAGGUAAGCGAUUCGAUUGGGCCACCCACGGAACCGAGCUUGAAUCCGGCAAGUGUUCACGGAAGAUGUAGAAGAAAAUGAUACCGAGCCCGACGAACUGGAAAAUGUUGGCAAUCACGGAGAAGGGGGAGAGAUACCUAAAAUUGAGAUAUCGCACUAAAUUUGUGCACCUAGUUGAGUAUUAAAUAUUAAAUAGACGCCUUACCUGAGA